AUGGGGUCCCUGACCGAGGAAGUGACGAUCACCGGAGACGUUGCUGACGCUCCUAUCGCGCAUUUCGCCAAGAUUAAGGCCUCCUUGGUGGAGCCCCCGCGUCACCCCGCACAUAUGUCUUUCGAGUCAUGGAGGAAGGUUUACAGGGCGCAGCCUUGGCUAGCGGCGCAAACCCAGGCAGAAAACAAGAGAAAGGCGGCCAGAGCGAGCACCAUUGAGGGUCUUGAGGAAAUGCGAGCGGUGGUUGCUGCUGCGAAGAGCCAGGAGGCGUUCGCCGCAAAGGAGGUCGCUUCUCUCAAGGCCGAGAUGGAGGCCUUUCAGAAACGCUUGGCGUUCAAGCGCUCGGGCGCUCCCGAAGAUGCUGCUCAAGAGCCGCUGUCGGACGAUGACCGAAUCCGUAUGGAGAUCGAUCUGGCGAAGACUAAGGAGAAGCUGGAGGAUCGAGAGGAACGGCUUGAGAGAAGAAGGAAGGCCAACUCUCAUAAAAACGAAGAGCUGAAAAAAAAGGAGGCGGACCUCGAAGCGGAAAUCACGGCAGAGGAGGAAAGACAUUCCAGGCAAGCUGCAGCAAUGAGCGCUUUCCGGGGCGCCGAGAGAGAUGACACGGCGGCCCAGUUCGGGAAGGACCACGCCGACGCGGCCGUGGAGAGAAUGAAGCACCGCAUUGAGAAGCUGAAGGCAAUACAGGACAGUCUCAGCGACAAGACCGAGAAGCAGAAGGGGAAGAAAAAAGGGUUCAUGGGCACAAUGGUGGAGUUUGCUCUUGGCACUGAGAGGGAAGGUGACGAUGACAAUGAGGCACAAGAGUUGGACUACGCCGAACAGACUCAGCUUAUCGCCAAGAAGGCCAAGCUCGCAUUGGUGAACCGGCAACUAGAAGAGCUCAAGAGGGCCAAGAAAACUGUCUCCUUGGAUUACGCGUCUGCGGACGCCCAGCUCAUGCUUGCCGAGGGAAAGGGAAGCGAAAACUUUGGACAACCGAUCGAGAAAGGACAAACGGGGGCGAGAAAGUACGCAACACCAAAGCAAGAGCCAGUCUCAAGGGGAUUGAGUGGGCGAACGGAUAGAAGAAAGGAGCAAUAGCCAGUCUCAAAAUAAUCGAGAGGGCGAGCUAGAAACAUAGAGAAGCAAUAGCCACCAGUCUCAAAAUAGAUCGAGAGGGCGAGCGAGAAACACAAAGACAAACAUCCAUGUACACAAA